AUGGUCUUGGGCAGCUUGAUCAAAUCGUUUGCCGGAGAUAGUCAAGCAUUGUUUGAGGGGAAGCUACAGUCCUAUGCCAGAGCCAGCGCCAACAUGCAUGCGGUCGGCAAUAUGCCCGGCGGGGUGCAAGCUGUCGGCAAUAUGCCCGGCGGGGUGCAAAUUGCAAAUACACCCAAUGCAGUUUGCAUGCACAUGGCAAAUACGCCCAACGCCGUGCAUGUAGAGCCUGCCUUCCCGAACCUCUACAGCAAUGUCAACAUUGACGUGAAAUCCCGAUGCAACUUGGACGUCCGAUCGGAUGAAAUGGUCCUGGUUGUGGCGCUGCUUGCGAUUAUCGUGGGCCCCGCCUGGCAGAGGAUUCGCUACUGGAUGCCGGAUUUGUCAGUUGAUCGCCUUGGCGAGAUGACGACCGCCAUGGUCGGAGGGACCAAUGACACUACCGGGGGGGGGGAUGGCAUUGCAACCUGGAGCGCGAUUCUUGUGAUCGUUAUUUUCUUCUACAUUCGCACUGCCCGGAUGAGCAGAAGCAUUGAAGCCCUCAUGGAUUUGGUCUUGGAUCGCAAAGACAUCAUCGGGUGCGUUCGGUCAGAUCCGAGUAUCAAGAGUGACGACUGGGUCAAAUUACAGUUUGAGCAGGAGGUAUUGCAGUCUGGCCCGCAUUCCGUGUGGUGUAUGGAUGGUCGCCUCUACCUGCCACCAGGCUGCUAUAGGUUGAUUGGUGGCAGUGUCACAUUAUUGAACGGCCACAGGGCGGCUGCCUACGUGAAUGGCCACUGCAUUGCGGAAAGCAUCGGCAACCAUCAGCAGCAUCAGGUUUUGAGAACCCUGCCAUUGUGCGGCUCUUUCUUUCAGGUGGGCCAGGGUGGCGGCUUUCUCGACUUGCAGGUCAAGGGUGGCUUUCGAUCAGGUAUACUGAGUAGUCUGCCCCCAGGCCACCAGAUCAAUGGGCGUGAGAUACCUGUGGCUUUCAUCCACCUGGAGCAGCUCCUGAGGUUCUGA